AUGUUCGAAAGCCGUCACGCAGCAGACAGAUACCGGCUGCAUCUGCAUCGCGCCCGCUCCGUUGUACUGACAAGCGAUGAACUGGUUGAGAUUCGGGCGGCCCAGCGCACGUUUGAGGGCGCCUAUAUGCGCACGGCAAUCGGCCAGUUCUCGUUUGCACUCGUUGUGCUCAAGAUCUUCACCGCUGAGUUCUACUCGAUUGGCGCGCUGUUUGCAGUCUAUGGAGUCGGUAUCCUCUUCACCAGCCUGUUCCGUCGCCAACAAGGAAACAAACAGUUCUUCUCCGAAGUCGGUGCCGACGGUCUAUGCCACAAGAAGUUUCGCACCAGCGGAAACGUUGUCGUUGCCUUGACAGCACUGAGCAUUUCUGCAUAUAUAUGUCUACUGGUUCUCACACUCAAGCUUGCCAAGUGA